UUAUUUUUUAUUCCCACAUGCACAUAAAAUGCCUCGACUAAGGAGAGGGGCAACAAACACGCGAUUAGAAGCGAAGCAUUUUGUUUUAAAACAGGUGCCUACAACAUGUUGAAGUUUUCUAGUCUCACAAUUGGCUACAAAUUGGUCGCGCUAUUUAUCGGUGCGAUUAUUUUCUGGAUCGGGAUAAUGCUUUCAGAAAAUUACAAGGACCGUGCAGUUUCAACGAAGUUUGAUGGCUCUUGGGUCCCAGGCAGUCAGUUGCUGAUUGACAGAAGAGUGUUCGGAACCGACCUGAGGAUGGAAAUAAUGGCCAAAGAAUCCAAUGUACCUCUUCAAUUUGCAAGCAAAAUCAACGCCAGUAAAUUGCAUUUCAAUGUCACAUGCGCCAACUACACGUCCCCAUUUGAAAUAAGCUACAACAACCUUUACUGGCAAGUGCAAGAGAUGAAAUCCAGUAAAAUUAUAUACUACAUGUACGGCGCCUACUUUGACAGAAGGAUUCGCACUGCACCUGCUGUUCACGUCGUAGCUUUUCUCACUAAACUGGAAAAUAAAGCUAAAAGACCCUACUGUCAAGUGUGGUUUAACAAGAAACGGAAACCAUCACUAGUCAAGGCAACGUCAUUUGUCAAGCUGUUCCUCGAUGGACCGAUUCCACACAAAACCAUGAUACCUUACUUGGUCACCUGCAAGAUUCCCUCAGCCAUGUCAGGCAAAGUUCCUGCUUCCGUAUCUUUGGUUGAAGCACCGUGUGAAAAGGCGACCAACAAUCUUCGGGUCAUUUACAACCCUUUGCCUGCUGGGGAAAAGAAAAAGGACUUCCUGGUCUGCGUCAAAGCACUCUUUUUGACUUUCAAGCCGCACAUGGCGGUCAGGAUAGUCGAGUGGAUCGAGUUGCUCAAAAUUCUGGGAGCUCAAAAAAUAGUCAUUUACAAUUUCCAGACUCACAAGAACAUAACCCGAGUACUUGACUAUUACGCAAGUAAAGAUGACUUUGAAGUCGUGCCAGUGACUCUGCCUGCAAAUUAUACAAAUUCGCCUGACUUGGUAUCCGACUUUUUGGCUGAAGAUUUUUGGUUGCAGUACAAGAACGAUGGUAUUCAACUAACCGAUUGCUUGUACCGAAACCUUUACAAAUUCAAAUACGUCACCGCUUUGGAUAUUGAUGAAGUUAUUGUUCCCAUGAAAAAUGAAAACUGGCACGAUUUGGUCUACGAAGUGGCAGUGCCAAGAGCUGCUAUGCAGCACAAAUCAUUCGAUGCUUUCGUGACGAGGAAUACCUAUUUCAUGGAUGACCAAAUUGAAAGGCAGGCCUGGUUUCCAGACGUACCGCCGUACAUGCACAUGCUGCAAAAUGUGAACCGCAGGGAUUUCCACAACCCUCCUGGUGUUGUAAAUCAUACGGUCAGUUCAAAGGGUUUUUUCGACGUUCGCAAGAUACUUUUCGUCUACUGCCAUUACCCCUUAUCAUGCGUGAAUAAAAAGUGCAGUUAUCUUACCUUUGACCCUUCGGAAUCGCAACUUCAACAUUAUUGCAUUGGCCAGACGAAGAGCGACUGCAAUGUCACAGAUGGAAAAAAUAUUGUGCAGGAUGUUUCGAUGUGGAAAUACAAGGACGAGCUUGUUGGAAAAACAAAUGAUGUUCUUAGAAAAACUGGCUUUCUCAAAUAA